AUGGAAGGAACAAUUCUUCUCCGCCUGCUCUCUCUCAUUUGCCUCUCCUUCCUCAAAGGAGCAAGCCCUGCGACGUUCACACUGAAGAACAACUGUGGCUAUACCGUGUGGCCGGGCAUCCUCUCCAACGCCGGCGUGGCGCCGCCGUCCACCACCGGCUUCGCACUCUCCCCGGGCGAGUCCCGUGCCGUGGCCGUCGCCGAUGGCUGGUCUGGCCGCAUGUGGGGCCGCACGCUCUGCGUGCAGAGCUCCUCCUCUGGCGCCGGCUUCGCCUGUGCUACCGGUGACUGCGGCUCGGGCACAGUCCAGUGCUCCGGCCGCGGCGCGGCCCCGCCGGCCACGCUGGCCGAGUUCACGCUUGCUUCCAUCGGAGGCGACGACUUCUACGACGUGAGCCUCGUCGACGGCUUCAACGUGCCGGUGCUGGUCGCGCCGGCGAACGGGAGCUGCUCGACCACGGACUGCCCCGCCGACCUGAACGCGCAGUGCCCGCCGGAGCUGCGCGUCGUCGUGGCCGGCGCGACGGUGGCGUGCCGGAGCGCGUGCGAGGCGUUCGGGACGGAGGCGUACUGCUGCAGCGGCACGCACGGGACGCCGGCGACGUGCGCGCCCACGGCCUACUCGCGGCUGUUCAAGGCCGCGUGCCCGCGCGCCUACAGCUACGCCUAUGACGACAUGCCAAAUGGACUAGCGUGGGACUACUUCAUCGGGCCCGACGCGGACGCCUUCGAAGCGGCGCUCGCCGAGCGCACUGCGCGCGAGCAGGAGGAGGAGGAUGCGUGUUGCCGGCGGGAUGAGGAGCUCUGCGACCUCCUCUUCGAGGAGGCGCUCGCCGCCGCGCGCGAGUUCGACGCCAAGCAGGCUGCAUGGCACUUCGAGCAGGAGGAGUAA